GAGCCGUUCACUAAACUUCAGGCUGAACCGUUGGCCAGACGCUCCUUGUUUUGUGGAAAUGCCGGGCAUCCUGAUCCUUCUGUUUCUGAUACAUGUGGAGGCUGAUGACUGUCCCAUGAAAAUCGACCCCCCUGCAGUGGUGGUGAAAUAUGGAGACCCAAUAUCAGUGAACUGCACUGUGUUCACGGAGCACUUGGGGAUGGGCUGGGUGGCUAAACAAAACCCUGUACCAAACCAGCAAGGUGUCCAGUUUCUCCUCUGGACUGUUGAAAAUCUGACAGUGUGGGAUAUAAACCCUCAGUGCUUUGCAAAUUUUGAGGGAGUUCCUCAGUGUUUGAAAAAAGUGUUAGUCACCGUGUACAAGACUCCAGAUAGUGUCUCCAUCAGUUCUGAGAACCACACUAGCUCCUUAGUGGAGAGGAGACAACACAGGCUGGUGUGUGAGGUCCAAAAUGUGGCUCCAAUUCAGAACCUCAUGGUGAAGUGGUACAAAGGCAUUGAGGUAGUGAACAUAACCUUGUAUUCUGGAGAAUCCAAGACACCUGUGAAUGUUUCCUCCACCUUCCUGAUCACCCCCAAUAGAACAGAUGAUGGAACGCAGUACAAGUGUGUGGCAGAGCUUCACUUGGGGCCAGAAGGACGACAACCCCCUCCUGCAGUGGAGUCAGAGCCCUUCAGAGUCACUGUACACUAUGCACCCUCCCUCAUCAGUUCCAGUUCAGAGGUCAUGGAGGUCAGGAAAGGUGAAAAGGUGACAUUAAACUGCACUGCUCAAGGAAACCCUCCACCUGUGUACUCCUGGAACACCUCACACCUUCAGAAGAUGGACUGGAACAAGUCAGUGUUUACCUUCUCUUUCCUGGCACCAGCAACCUACACCUGCACUGCUGAUAACUACCUGGGAUUUGAGAGCAAGCACUUCACCAUCCAGGAAAAACCAGGUUCCCUAAAUACGACCUGGAUUGUUAUCAUUACAGUAGCAGUGUUUCUGGCCGUUGUGCUCAUUGUCAGCUGUUGCAUUUACAAAUUUAAAGGCUGAAAGAAUCACAUGUCUCCAUGAAGCACCACAAGAUGGUCAGACUGUUGCAGAACACGAUGUACCGUCAUUCUUCAGAGAGCUGAGACGGUAUUUUGAUUCAUCGCCAUUUUUGAAGUCAUCAAUCCCGAUGCAUACCUGCUUUGCCCACCCAAACAGCACUAACAAUGGUGUCUCCAACUGCAGCCCACACUGGUUUCACAUACUCAGAUUCAGUCCUGCGUUGCACAUCUGAAAUCUCUGCGUUUGAUGUGAUUCACAGUCUAAGUUCUGAAGACCACAUUGUAGCCACAACAUAUUUCUGUACAGAGGAAAUAGACACAGCUAACAGUUUAAAUGAGACAAUUUUUUGUGCACCUAACAUGCCCUGACCAUCCUAAGUAACAAUUAUAAUUGCUGUUGAAAUUAAUAUCUUGCAUUGUAUUACAUUGUAUUAAUUAAAAUUAUAUAUUGAAUUUUUUCGAGUGGUGAAAUCAGGUAUAAAGUAAUGCAAUGAAAGACUUUCUUAGUUAACUGACCUGUUCUAAUUCAAAAAGGUUCCCAAGUUGGUGGCUAUAUCAAGUUUUACAAAGCAAAUGUUAUGUGAUAAUUCCAGUCAUAUUACCGCAUUAUGAUGAUCUGUGUUUUUCUGUAAUCUAUUUGCCUGGUGGGGGUGUGG